UCCUCCCCGCGGCCGCUCUCUCCCCUCUGGCGGGCCCCCGGAGCGCCACUAUAAAGGGCCUGCCUCCGCUUCCAGCUUCCAAGUGCCUAGUGUAGACUCCGCUCUCCGCCCAGCCCGGGUUCUGGCCCUGCUCCUUCGGCCAAUCGGAGAGUCUCUAGGCGCUCUCUUCGCCCCGCCCUGCAGGAGUGAUGGCUGCCAGGAGAGCACUGAUAGUUCUGGCUCACUCGGAGAAGACAUCCUUCAACUAUGCUAUGAAAGAAGCUGCUGAGGAGGCUCUAAAGAAGCAAGGCUGGCACGUGACAGUGUCGGACCUGUAUGCCUUGAAUUUUAAUCCAUUAAUCUCCAGGAAGGACAUCACAGGUGAUCUAAAGGACCCUGACAAUUUUAAGUAUCCAGUUGAAUCUGUUCAGGCUUAUAAGGAGGGGCGGCUGAGCUCAGAUAUUGUCGCUGAACAGAAGAAGGUGAAAGAUGCAGAUCUUGUGAUAUUUCAGUUUCCAAUGCAGUGGUUCGGGCUGCCUGCUAUCCUAAAGGGUUGGUUUGAAAGAGUUUUCACUGGAGAAUUUGCAUAUUCAUAUGCAACCAUGUAUGACAAGGGACCCUUUAAGAACAAGAAGGCCAUGCUCUCCCUUACCACUGGAGGGGCUGGCUCCAUGUAUUCACUGCUCGGCGUCCAUGGGGACAUGAACGUCCUUCUCUGGCCAAUCCAGAGCGGCAUUCUGUACUUCUGUGGUUUCCAAGUCCUGGAGCCUCAGCUCGUCUACAGCAUCGGGCACACUCCAGCAGACGAACGGCUUCAGAUUCUGGACAAAUGGAAGAAGCGCUUGGCAACCAUCUGGGAAGAGAAGCCUCUAUCCUUUGCUCCAAGCAACUACUUUGAUCUGAACUUUCAGGCGGGAUUCUUGCUAAAAAAAGAAGUGCAGGAAGAACAAGAAAAGAAGAAAGUUGGACUUUCUGUUGGCCACCACUUUGGCAAAAGCAUCCCAACUGACAACCAGAUCAAGGCCAAGAAAUAGGACACCCUAAAACUAAAUUCUCCUAAAAAUUUGUCUAAUGAACUUUUAAUUUUUAGUCUCCUUGACCUGGCUCUUCAGGGCUCUCCCCUCAUAUAUUUUUGGGGAUCGAGUGAAGACAAAAGUUCAGUGGCACUUCUAGUUACUUUUUGUAUUUGAGUUCUUCACUUCAGUGGGAUCUAAGAUUGUCCCAUGGUGCUUUCUUUUCUAUAUUAAGUUGACUGAUCCUGAUGUAGUUCCUAAUUAUUUUCAUUACUUGGUAGUUUACCUAUAAGGUGAGAUUAAGUGAACUUUUUAAUGUUGCAGAAUGAGAGUUGGAAUUUCUACCAAGCAGAACAUUGUGAAUGUAUUUUACAAUUAAAAAAAGUUUAAUCACAUGAGUUUUUUCCUUAAUUUAAAAAGCAGCUAGCCUCCAGCAAAUGAAUGGUACCAAGAAAAAGCAAGACUAGGCAGACCUUUUUUUUUUUUUUUUGCUACAUAUACUUGUGUCUAAAAUCCUAUCAUCAAACCAUUUGUGUUUCAAAACCUCCAAGGUAUUUACCUGAUUUAUGUAAACAUGAUGGUAGAUUCUAACCUAUUUAACAGGAGCUAUGACUUUUAAGUUUCAUUGUAUUUGUGAUUCAGGGUUUUCAGAUUCCCUCCCUCACCCUUCAAAUGUUUCUGUUUUAUUCAACAUCCAUCCUUUUUUCAUUGAUAAUUAGAUUCAGGUUUACAAAAUGUCAUUUUGAUUUGUAUCUUUGGCUCCUUUGUUUUUCAGAAUAUAAUAUUCCAUUCCCUUCUGUGGUUUUUAAUUGUUACAGAGUAUUUGAAUUUCAUUUUCUGUAGGUCAGAAAGUCUUUUGGUUGUUUGUAGAAUUUGUUACUUGCCCUCAGAAAUGGAUCGCUUAAUUUAAAUGCCACGUACAGGAUAGGUUUGUUUGUUUAUUUGUUUUCUUGGAAAGUGAUUCUGUGGAUUCGUUUAUUGGUGCUUUCUUUUUUAUAUUGAGAAAUUCUGUGUAGAAUUCUUGUAUUCUUUCUUGCAUUAUGGUAUAUGUCAUACUCUUUUCAGAGGUUUAUGAUCCCUCAGUUCUUUUUUACAUAUCUCGUAUUUAGUGUGUAUGGUGAUUAUGUAUAAAUUUAAUGUCACUGUUUUUCUUAGGUUAUUUUUUCUAAAUUGUUCUUCACUCAAAUAUAUAUUCAUU